AUGAAAAAUAACUUUUAUGAUAAUAUUGCGAAAAAUGUAUUUACUAACGGAAUUAAACAGCCGUAUCAUUCGCAUCUGACGCAUUUUGAAUUGACUGACAUCGAGGAUUGUCUAACAAAAUGCCGAAAGUACGAUAACCACGAGCAACAAGCAGCUUUUCUUACCUUCAUGAAACAACGCGAGAAUAGAUCUAAAACGAGCAUAUUCAAUACAGCAGGAAUUUCGAGGAAUACCAAUCUAUUUACGCAUGGAACUUCUGGAAACCUGAACCUGUUUCAACAACAUGCAGCUAUUGCACAGAAACCAUUUGCACCAAUAAAUUUUGGAAACAAUAAUAAUUAUAGACCAAAUAAUAAUCAACCUAGUAAUCAAAAUUCUCAGCCUACACCUAUGCCGAUUAGUACGAAAAAAACUAACAGACCGAAUAAUAACUUCAAUAGGCUUAAUAACAAUUUUAUACGACCAAGUAAUAAUUUUAUGGCGAGACCAAAUAACUUCUUCAGAAGCACAGGACCUCCGAAUUUCGUAGCGGAAGAACUUCAUCAUCAGGAAGAACAGCAACAAAAUUUAGAAAAUCAGGAAGAAGUUAAUCACGAAAAUUUUCCACAGGACCCCGAUAUGAAUCAAGAGAUAUAG